CCAGUGUUCAAAUCAGGAACUUCAUUAUUUUAAGUUUUCCUAAAAGCAGGAAAACUAACAACGGUUAUGUUUUUAAUAUGGCCCAUGAGCGGUAGCUUGGAUGCUCUUGUCCUAUGGGACAUAGGAUGCAGUAGGACUAGGCAUAUACAGUACAGUAGUGUGCAAUGAAAUGUGUUUUUACUCAUCUGAGGUGCUCUUUCUUAUUUAAGAAGUCUGGGUUUAAUAUACGCAACACCUCUGGUCCUGUACAUCCUGUUUUGGAAGAUAUAAAAACGUAUGGCACUUCAGAUAGGUACAACCUGUUUAUAUAAAGAAAAAAAAAGAGAUUUCAUUGAAGUACCGUGUAUCUGUACAGCUAUGCGGGCGGCUUUACUCAUCCAGCGCUGGUACCGGCAGUACGUGGCCCGCUUGGAGAUGAGGCGCCGGUGCACAUGGAACAUUUUUCAGUCCAUCGAGUAUGCAGGAGAGCAGGAUCAGAUCAAGCUGUACAAUUUCUUUGGCUACCUCAUGGAUCACUUCACUCCUGCAAGCAAUGAAAGGAAGCUGAUCUCCCACAUAUUUCGAGAGACUGAGGUGUUCCUGGACGCGGAAUGGGAGCGGUACUUCUGCUACGAGAACAUCGUGGUGCCGGACGUGUACACCGGGCCUCACCUCACGUUUCCUCUGACUGUCAGCAAUGUCACUGAUCUAGUGGAGGCCUUCAAACAAAAACAACAGCUCCAUUCUCGAUAUGUCCUCCAGCUCCUCGGGGAAACCUGGAGAUUGCUCCGGGUUCUGCCAAACAUUAACGCGGUGUCUACACGCCACAGCAAGGAGAUCACCAUAUGUGGAGACUUGCACGGACAACUCGAAGAUCUCCUGCUGGUGUUCUAUAAAAACGGCUUGCCGUCAUUGGAGACGCCGUACGUCUUCAACGGAGACUUUGUGGAUCGAGGGAAAGACUCCAUUGAGAUUCUGCUGAUCCUGUUUGCCUUCCAGCUGGUGUAUCCCAACGACGUCCACCUCAACAGAGGAAACCACGAAGACCAUAUUGUGAAUCUGAGGUACGGCUUCACCAAGGAGGUUCUUGGGAAGUACAGGGUUCAUGGGAAGAAGAUCCUAAAGCUGCUCCAGAAGAUCUUUAGCUGGUUGCCCUUGGCAACCGUAAUCGACCAGAAAGUGCUGAUUCUGCACGGCGGUAUCUCAGACAGCACUGACCUCAGACUCAUUGCCGAACUGGAAAGAAACAGAUAUGUCUCAGCACUGAGGCCCCCGAAGCGUCCUCGGCAGACCCCGAAGCCCUCGGACAGAGACGAGGACCGCUGUAGCACCUCCAGCAGGAAACGAGUGCGCUCUUUGACGUACGAGCGACGCCCCUUGCACACCUACAGCCGCACGAGCCCCUCCGUGGAGGAGGAGCUUCGGGAAAGGAGGAGGUGGGCGGGGCUCAGCGCAUCCUGCGACAGGCUUCACUUCUUUUCCUCAGACUCGGACCCCGACUCAGUCGAGGCUCCAGAGACGGACGCAGAGGAGUGGAAGCAGAUAGUGGAUGUGCUGUGGAGCGACCCGAUGCCGCAGGAUGGCUGCGUCCCGAACGAGGUGCGAGGAGGCGGCUGUUACUGGGGCCCUGACGUCACGCGGGAAGUCCUCGACCGCCACAACCUGCAGCUGCUUAUCCGAUCCCACGAGUGCAAACAGGACGGCUACGAGUUCUGUCACGACCGCAGGGUGCUGACCAUUUUCUCUGCGUCUAACUAUUAUGAAGUGGGCAGCAACAGAGGAGCCUAUAUAAGAUUAGGACCAGACUUGAACCCUCACGUCAUCCAGUACCAGGCCAGCAGAUCCACCAGAGAACUGACCCUGAGACAGAGUGUCGGACGGACGGAGCGUUCGGCUCUCCGAGCCUUGACAGAACAGCUCUUUGCCCACAAGUCAGACCUCAUCAGUGCCUUCCAGGAGUAUGACCCAGAGCAUACAGGUGUGAUCUCGAUGAAGCACUGGGCCGCUGCGAUGGAGUCGGUGUUGCGACUCGGCCUGCCAUGGAGAGUCCUGCGCUCCCAGCUGGUGGGCUGUAACACACAGGACGGCACGCUCAACUACCACAACUGGUUCAGAGAACUCGACAUCGCCGAGCCCAACAAUGAGCUCGCACAUACGGGCCUCCUGGAAACCAUGUACAGACACCACUCCAAUCUCGAGACCAUCUUCAGAAUUAUAGACACAGAUAACUCAGGACUCAUCUCAUUCGAAGAGUUCCGUCAGACGUGGAAGCUGCUGAGCUCCCACCUGAAGAUGGAGAUCAGUGAUGAAGCCAUAUCAGACGUAGCCAUAAGCAUCGACUUCAACAAGGAUGGCAGCAUCGACAUCAAUGAGUUCAUGGAGGCCUUCAGGCUGGUGGAGAGCACGGUCGGAGCGGUGUCAUCUGACCUUCUACAGCAUAAAAGCCCCUCAUAG